AUGUCAGUUCGCAACAACCCCUUUACUAGGAACAAUGUGCCGCCUUCGGCCGGUCCGAGUGGUGUUGGCCGCCCCAAGUCUUUUCUCGGGUCUUCCUCUGCGUCGAUCUCGCAAGCAGCUCCCUCUCCGCCCUCGCAUGCUCGGACACAGUCCCUCCACCAUGUUUCCUCGACUCCUCAGCUAGCAUCUCAGCUAGGGUCUCUGCGCAGCAUUCAUUCUGCUAACCGUAGCCUCACGCGGGAGCCGACAUCGGCCUCCACCACGUUUGCGCCAUCCUUCAUCAAGACAGAAGACCUGCGCAAACCAACAGAUAUCGUCAAUGGCAUAGAGGGCGAGAGCGAUUUCUCCGGCAAGAAGUAUGUCUGGCUUAAGGAUCCAGAGAAAGCCUUCAUCAAGGGAUGGGUGGUGGAGGAGCUGCCGGAGAACAAGAUACUGGUUCAAUGCGAUGACGGCUCGCAACGAGAGGUGGACGCUGAGAGCGUCGACAAAGUUAACCCGGCAAAGUUCGACAAGGCGAACGAUAUGGCCGAGCUGACACACUUGAACGAGGCCUCCGUCGUCCAUAAUCUUCACACCAGAUAUAUGGCAGACUUGAUAUACACCUACUCUGGCCUGUUCUUGGUGACGGUCAACCCUUACACUCCCCUCCCCAUUUACACAAAUGAAUACAUUAAUAUGUACAAGGGUCGUGGGAGGGAAGAAAACAAACCCCACAUCUUCGCCAUCGCCGAUGAGGCCUUCCGUAAUCUGGUAGAUGAGAACGAGAAUCAGAGUAUCCUGGUCACGGGCGAGUCGGGUGCUGGCAAGACAGAGAACACCAAAAAGGUCAUUCAGUACUUGGCUGCUGUUGCGAAUCCCCAGUCCCCUGUGAGAGCGCGCGGGCAGCUGCAUUCCAAUCUUUCAGCCCAGAUUCUUAGAGCAAACCCGAUUCUCGAGGCAUUCGGUAACGCUCAAACGGUCCGAAAUAACAACUCGUCGCGAUUUGGCAAGUUUAUUCGGAUCGAGUUCAACCGCAAUGGGGCCAUCGUCGGCGCAUACAUUGACUGGUACCUUCUAGAGAAGUCCCGCGUCGUGCGCAUCAACCCUCAAGAGCGUAACUACCACAUCUUUUACCAGCUCCUUAAGGGCGCGGAUUCUAGGCUGAAAAGGGAACUGCUUCUGGAUGGUCUCAGCAUUGAGGAUUUUGCUUACACAAAGGAAGGGCAGGACAGCAUCAUUGGCGUGUCCGACCGGGAUGAGUGGGAAUCUCUUAUGGAGGCUUUCUCGGUUAUGGGCUUUACGCAGGAAGAGCAAUCUGCUAUCCUGCGCACUGUUGCCGCUGUCCUGCAUCUUGGGAACAUCACAGUGGCCAAGGAAAGCCGGUCUGCUGAUCAGGCUCGCCUCACUCCUGAGGGUACGGAUGUGGCUAAGAAAGUGUGCAAUCUGCUGGGUGUACCGCUCGAGCCCUUCCUGCGCGGGUUGCUUCACCCCAAGGUGAAGGCUGGCAGAGAAUGGGUCGAAAAGGUUCAAACGCCGGAGCAAGUCCGCUUCAGUCUCGAUGCCCUGGCAAAAGGUAUUUACGAGCGGGGUUUCGGCGACCUCGUCACUCGCAUCAACCGGCAACUCGAUCGCCCAGGCAUGGGUCUCGAUGAUACUCGGUUCAUCGGUGUGUUGGAUAUCGCUGGUUUCGAGAUCUUCGAGCACAACAGCUUUGAGCAGCUUUGUAUCAAUUACACCAAUGAGAAGCUCCAGCAGUUCUUCAACCACCACAUGUUUGUGUUGGAGCAGGAAGAAUAUGCCAGGGAGAAGAUCGACUGGAAGUUUAUCGAUUUUGGCAAGGAUCUGCAGCCAACCAUUGACUUGAUUGAGCUCUCGAAUCCCAUCGGUAUCUUCUCCUGCCUCGAUGAGGACUGCGUUAUGCCCAAGGCUACCGACAAGUCCUUCACCGAGAAGCUGAACUCGUUGUGGGAUAAGAAGUCACCGAAGUAUCGGCCAUCUCGGUUGGGCCAGGGAUUCAUUCUCACACACUAUGCGGCCGAGGUCGAGUACAACACUGAAGGCUGGCUGGAGAAGAACAAGGACCCUCUGAACGACAACCUCACCCGGUUGCUGGCUGCUUCGACCGAUCCACAUAUCGCAAACCUCUUUGCCGAUUGCGCGGACCAGGACGAUGAGACGGGCGGCAUGCGGAGCAGGAUCAAGAAGGGUCUGUUCCGGACGGUCGCUCAAAGGCACAAGGAGCAGCUCUCAAGCCUCAUGACUCAACUCCAUAUGACACAUCCUCACUUCGUUCGGUGUAUCCUGCCGAACCACGCCAAAAAGCCGAAACAAUGGGUUGGCCCGUUGGUCUUGGACCAGCUUCGCUGCAACGGUGUGCUUGAAGGCAUCAGAAUUGCGCGAACCGGUUUCCCCAACAGGUUACCUUUCUCCGAGUUCCGCCAGCGGUAUGAGGUCUUGUGCAGAGACAUGCCAAAAGGUAUUCUGGACGGUCAAGAGGCUGCUCGGAUCAUGUUGGACACGUUCGGCCUGGACAAAUCCCUUUACCGCAUUGGUCUGACCAAGGUAUUCUUCCGGGCCGGUGUCCUUGCCGAGCUCGAAGAAAAGCGAGAUGCAUUGAUCACUGAAAUCAUGACCAAGUUCCAAGCCGUUGCGCGUGGCUACAUGGCACGCCGACUGGCGAACAAGAGACUGUACCGCGCCGAGGCAACCAGAGUCAUACAGCGGAACUUCCAAGUCUACCUGAAGCUCUGCGACAACCCCUGGUGGCAGCUGCUUCUUAGGAUGAGGCCACUGCUAGGUGCGACGCGCACAGCAGCCGAAGUCAAGAAACGCGAUGAGAUGAUCAAGCAGCUCAACGAGAAGAUGGCAAAAGAGCUUGAAGUUCGCCAGAGGCUUGAAGAGGAGCGCCGUAACGUCCAUGCUGAACUCAUGCGCAUUCAACAAACCCUUGAAAGCGAACGCGCCCUGGCUCUUGACAAGGAAGAAAUAUUCAAGCGGCUACAGCUACGCGAAGCGGAGCUUGAAGAUAAGCUUGCUGGUGCAUUAGAGGACCAGGAGAAGCUCGAAGAGCAGCUCGACGCCCUCCUCGAGGCCAAGAAGCGGGCUGAAGCCGAUGUGGAGCGCUAUCGCGUCCAGCUUGACCAGGCAGCAGGUCUCAUUGCGCGCCUAGAAAAGGAGAAGAAUGAGCUUGUGGCUCGUGUGGCCGACCUUGAACGUGCUAUUGAUGACAUUACGAAGAGCCAGUCGGAGCGCAGCGAGCAAGAAGCCGCUUUGCAGGCGGAGAUCAAGAUGCUGCAGAGCCAGCUUGCGCUUAAGGACCGCAAGGUUCGCGAUCUGGAGACCAAACUACUUAAGACGGAUCAGGACCUUGAGGUCAAACUGAUGACAGCCCAGAAGGAGCUGCAGGCCUCGCGGGCUAAGAACUCACAGCUUGCUGCAGAAAACCGGGAGAUCCAGCAACAGUUAGCACAGCUGUCCAAGACCUCAACCGACUACGAAGAUCUGGUCCGUAAGAAAGAAAGUGAGCUGUCUCUUCUGCGCUCGGACAAUAAGAAGUAUGAGGCCGAGCGUCGCACCCUUGAGGACGAGAAGAAGCAUCUCACGGCAGAGAGAGAUAAGGCUACCGAGCGGCUCCGCGAAGUUUCAGCCGAGCUCGCAGCUAUGAAGGCCGAGCAAGCGCAGCUGUUGAGGGAAGCCGAGGAUGCCAAGCGUCUGCUCGAGGAUCGCCUCUCUGAGGACGCACAGGCUGAUCAAAACCGUCGGGUCCUGGAGGCACAGAUUAAGGAUUUGAAGGAGCAGCUUUACCAGACGCAGAAGGAUCUCAGCAGAGAGCGCCAGUCUCGUGAUGAUGUCCAGUUGCUCGGGGAGCACAAGUACAACACCCUGAAGGAGGAGUACGAUCGCCUUAAUGAGGCCAAAAUCAUCAUCGAGAAAGAGCUCUAUGCUGCACAGGAUACUCUCCGCCGCACCAUCAAUGCUCGGACCACGGCCGAACGGGAGCGGGAUGAGGCUCGGGACGAGAUUCGUAAACUCCGAGCUGCCAUGAUCCAGGCCGAGGAAGCCCGUCGAGAAGCCGAGAUUAUGGGAGAGAGAGCUGCUUUCAAAAUUGCCCGGGAACGUGAGGAAAGCCUGCGCAAGGACCUCGAUGCGGCACAUGACCGGCUCCGUUGGUUCGAAGGUGAAUGCUCCAAGCUGAACCGCGAAAUUGACGACCUCAACAAGGUGAUCAUCGAAUCUAGAGAAUUCGGGCUCCGCAACGAUCAAGAGAAGGAACGGCUUGAGCGCGAACUUCAUACCGUCAAGAGUCGGCUGGUCGCAUCUGAAAAUGACAAUCGUGCCCUUCUUAACAAGCUUCAGCAGAAGGGUUUGGAGAUUGCGCGGUCAACUUCUCGCGCUAGUGAGGCAUCCCGUGCCCAGAUCCAGGCAUUGCAACGCGAGAAGGCCAAGCUAGAGGAGCAAAAUGCUAAGCUCAACAAGCAACUCGGCGAUUCGCAGGUCACUAUUGCUUCCUUGGAGAAGAGGCUUGAGAAACUGCAGCUCAGCUUGGAAGACCUCAACCACGAAGUUGCCCGGGAGGUACAAAACAGCCGGAGUGCCGAGAAGGCCCAGUCUACCUUCACCGUUCAGUUGGCUGAAGCCAAUCGCACUAUCGAAUCGGAACGUCAGCUCAGGACCCAAGCCCAGAACACUGUGCGCACGUUGCAAUCAACCCUUGAGGCUCGCGAUGCGGAACUUGCUGAGCUGAGAAGACAGUUGUUGGCUGCUUUAAAAACUGUCGAUCCCGACUCGGCGCCGCCAAUCCAGUCGCACAACGAAUGCACUCAUGAGAAGCUCCUUACUAAGAACUUCGAUCUGGUUAGGAAGAUUGAGGAUCUCCAUCAAAACCUUCAGGUUCAGAUAGCAGCUCGCGCAAAUGCCGAGGCGCAGGUGGCCGACCUAAGGGCCGAGGUGACUGCGUUGAAGGCAGCGCGAACUGAGUCUCCUACUCGGAAAGCUCUUGUCGAGGAAACCAUCAAUAAGGAUGUCUUUAACACCUCGCCAACGCAAAAGCGGACGAGAUUCAAUGAUCGUCUCCAUGAUAGCACUUCGACUCCAGCCCGCAAAACCACACCGAACUCUGAACUUGACAACAUCCUGCAAGACUCGAUCCCUUCUGACAAAACUGUGGACAUCGUUAGCCUCAACAAUCAUAUGGAUCUCAAGGCCGAGAUUGAGCAGCUGCAGAACCAGCUUCAGCUCGCAGAGAUGCAGAACAAGCACUUGCAGGCCCAGCUUGAGAGGGCCAAGUCGGCUCCGCCCGAGACAUACAUGGAUGACAAGAGCCGGUUACAGAAGCUGGAGCUGGCCAACGCCCGUCUGCAUGCAAUGCUCGACAAGUCGACCCAGCAGGUGUCUGCGCUCGAGAAGGCCCUCCACAAAGGCGAACUCACUCUACGGGAUAUCCAGACUAAAUCCUAUGAGGAGCUCUAUGACCUCCUCAACAGCCAAGAGAAUUCUCGCCGUGAGCUCCUGAACAGCCACAACGAUGCCAUUGCCGAGCUGGCUGAUCUGAAAGGGCACUUGGAGAAACUCCGGUAUGACCGCGCUCAACUCGAGGUGGACCUCCGUGACGCUAGGUCAGACCUUCAGGAGAUGACCCUGGCCCGCGACCAAGAAGCGGCCAGCCGGAACCAGCUGCUGCAGGAAUAUGCCGAUCUUCAAAUCCGCUUGGAUGCUGAGUCUUCGAAGCUCGCCGAUGUCACUGCCAGUCUCAAUCUCUACAAGAGCCGUGCCGACGAGUACUUCAGCAAGCUUGAGCAAGCGGAGAUUGCUGUGCUCAAGGCAACCCGUGCUGAGCAGUUCGCCAAGUCGCAGGCCAAAGAGGCUGAGGAGAGCUGUGCUGAAAUGAUGGCGGAGCGCAAGCGGCUAGAGGAAACUAUAGAGGACCUUCAGCAACAGACUCAGCGUCUUGAGGAGAAGGUUGAAGACUUAUCGACCGAUCUGGAAGCGGCUCUGCAGGCCAAGAAGAGGCUACAGCAUGAACUCGAAGAUUACCGCAAUCAGCGGGCCAAUGAUAUCGAGGACAAGGAAUCGAGCAUGGAGCAGCUGCGUAAGAAGUACCAGGCCGAGUUUGCCGCUUUGAGCAAGGAACUCGAUCUUGCCCGUGAGGAGAAGCUGUUCAAACAAGCCGAGAUCACGCGGCUGCGUGAAGAACUCGAGGACCUGCGCUCCAAGUGGGAUGACGAGGUGCUCAACAGCUCGACUUGGUCCAAGGAGAAGGCGCGUCUGCAGGCGACGCUUGCCGAUGUUGUCGCUUCCCGUGACGAGGCAGUUAGCGCGCACAAUGAGGCUCAGGGCAAGAUUGUGUCACUGCUGUCGCAAGUGCGGGAGCUGCGGACGUCUGUGGAUGAGAUUACUGCCGAAAGGGAUAACCUGCUGCGUGAGAAGCGGAACCUGGAGUCUCGGCUGGAGGAGGCUAAGGCUGGUCUCGAGUCGCUGGCCAAGAGUGAAAGUCCCGCGAUGCGAAACGCUGCGAAUAUUGACAAGGAAAUUCUCGAGCUCAAGGCCGCUGUUGCUCAGCAAGAGGACAUCGCUGCUGCGGCGGUUGAGAAAAUGCGACGUGCUGAGGCCUUGGCGGCGGAAAUGCAGAAGGAUAUUGUGGCUGAGAGGGAGGCCAGCGCAGAGCUGCAGAAACAGAAGGCAGCGCUGGAGAAGCAGCUCAACGAGAUGCAGCUCAAAUUUAUUGAUCUCGAAACUAAGGGUUUCUCGGCGGCCAGCAACGAUAUAAAGUUCCUUCACAAGCGCAUUCAAGAGCUCGAAUCCCAGCUCGAGCAGCAUGAGAACGAGCGCACAAAGGAGCAGCGGUCGGUGCGCAACGUGGACCGUAUCGUCAAAGACCUGCAGGCCCAAGUCGAACGCAAGGACAAGCAGAACGCCCAGCUCAACGAAGAUAUUACGCGGCUACGCGACAAGGUCGACAAGCUGCUUAAGACUAUCGAGGAGCUGCAAGCAUCCGAAAGCCAGAGCGAACUAUCACUGCGCCGGGCCGAGCGUGAGUUGCGUGAGGAACGUGAGAAGUGUCUCCGCCUGGAACGCGAGCUUGAGGGCUGGAAGAACCUACGCAUAUCAGGCGGAUCCGUCGCUGGCAGUGUACUGGGUAGCGUCCGCGGCCGCAAUGGGCCGACCGUUACCUUUGUGAAUGAUGAGAAUAUCAAGAUUCCGCAGCGGAAGAGCAGCCUUAGUCGGGUGCCGAGCUUGACCAAGGGGUUUAUUUGA